CUGUAAGUCUCGUCACGUGACAGGCGAGAUUUUGCGUGAAAGUUGACUUCCGGGUACAUUCGCUAUUAUGGCUCUUUCGAUUUUGUAUUGGGUCAAGUAUGUUGAGGGGCACACUAAGUUAACUAGGAAGAGUGAGGCAGCGGUGGAAAGUGGGAGGGUCCUACGGUUUGUAGUUGACGAGCUGAGAGUUAUUAAUGCCUGCGUUCAAGCCUCAAUGAGAGAUACAUCGUACAAAGUACAGAUAUUUUUGGAUGCUGAAGACGGAAUUGUGAAGGAUGCAACAUGUCAGUGCCCAAUGGGACAAUACAAAUGCCACCAUGUUGCUGCGGCAUUGCUCUUUGGCUAUAAAAGAGCAAGUAAAACAGACAUAAAAUGUUCUUGGCUGAAACAUCCAAAGUCGGCACCACCAAAAUCCACUGUUACGAUAGCUGAGCUGUAUCCCCCAAAGCAGCAGGAUUACAAUGCUGAUGAUCCUAAAACAUGGCUUCGAAAACACCUUAUUAUCUCUCCAGAAAAGAUUAUGGAGGCGGCAUUUAUGACAGCUGGCCAGCGUGAAAACUCUCUGUGGGCUGCUAUUAGAAAAUAUAGAUUUACAGCUUCAAAUUUUGGCCUAAUUAUUGGAGCAGCAAGACGAAACAGAUUGUCGGAGUCACUUAAAAAGAGAAUUUUAAGUGCUUACAACUUGGAAAGAAGGGCUCCUAUUCAGUGGGGUAUCACUCACGAGAAAGUUGGUUUGGAAGAAUACUGCAAAGCAGGUUCAGUCACAGUUUUGCCAACAGGUAUAUGGCUGCAUGAAUCAGGAGUCUUAGGGGCAUCACCUGAUGGCUUCGUUCAGGGAGAUUUUCCUAAAACUAACAUUGUCCACCUUCAGCAGAAGGACCAGCCAUCAAAAGUGCCUGCUAUCGUAGAGGUGAAAUGUCCCUUUACAGCCAAGGACAAGACCAUUAUGGAGGCAUGCUCAGAUAUUAAGGAUUUUUUCCUAGUUGAUAAUGGUGGAAGCUUAUCAUUAAAGACCACACAUGAUUACUGGCAUCAAAUCCAGGGCCAGCUCUACCUUACUGGGACAGAGUGUUGUGAUCUGGCUGUGUGGACCACUAAAGACCUGCAGAUUGUUAGAAUUUUUAAGGACAGGACAUGGGCCCCCAACAUAUAUGCCCUGCUUGAUUUUUAUUUUAUGGUGUUUUUGGAAUCACUAAAGUGAAUCAGCACAGUGCAGCCUCCUCCUUUGUGAAGUGUGCCUUCUGUGACAGGAAUGGUGGAAUGUUUAAGGAAACACCAGAAGGAAGCUUGUCAAAAAUGUUAAAACCCUUAUCUGCUAAUAUGAGGUCUCCUGGUUGAAGCUGAUUCAACACUCCACAGUGAUCUACAAUGGCUGCAUCCGAAGUAGACCCAGGAUACAAGUCCGAAGAGUAUACUAGUGCACCAUUUGGUGAAACGCAUGUGACUGCCUUGACAGUGUGUCUGCUCUUAUAAUUACUGUAAGAGAGGGACUGUGAAUUCAUGUCUGAAGGAACAUCUUGCAAAAUUUCUGUAGCAUCCAUAGCUAUACGAGCAGAUGCAAACUCUUCAAAUGACUUAGGCAUUGACCCUUUACACUUAAGCUGACUAGGAAUACCUACUUCAUUCAGAAUUCCAUCAACGAAAAUUUCGUGCAAAACUGAAACGUAAGUGUUAAAAAUGUUCGAAAUAGUGGCCCUGCUUGUUACAAAUCUAACUGAUAAAUCCAGAUCACGGCAAUUUAGACGCAGCUUCAUCAAUGUAAUCAGUAAUUGAUCCUCAAUAGAGAAACAGUUCACAGUCCAUCCAGCGUAGUAGUUAAAUGGUGCCAUUCUGUACAGCAUAUUUACCACAACUUGAAAUACAUCAGCUGGGAAGGAGGUGUAGAGCAACAUCUACAACCGAAUUAAGCUUGUAUAGUUUAUGGGACAUUGUCAAUAUUGAAUAGGGAACAUGCUUUGUUGAUAUUCUUAUCACCUGUGUACAUUUUAUUGUUUAAAAUCUUAUUUUUAAAUAUUUAAGACACAUAUUAUUUAAGAAAUAAGGUAUCUUUUUUAAACAUCUAUCAGUCACAAGAUCAAUUCCAUAAACAUGAUAAAACCAAAUUUAUGGUGACUUUGAUCAUGCUAACCCUUAUUCGUAGCUUGAUAAAUGUUUUAAAAUGAUGCAAUAUAACUUGUUUUUACAUUUGUGACUUAUUCAUAUUUUAUAUUUGCCUGAUUAUAACUUCUAAUGUGUGAAAUAUUUUAUUUUAAAAUCAACGGCACAUAUGUAAUCCAUUGAAUGCGCUUUGACCCUUUAUGACGUCACUAAAAAAA